UGGCGCUCUGUUCCUCUGCCUCGCUGCCUUCCUGCUGCCAACCAUCCCAGCUCCUUCACAAGUGACGGCCCAACGCCAUGGCCCCUAAAAAACCGGAUCCCAAGAAAGAGGCUGCCAAGCCAGCGGCCGCACCCGCUCCCGCCCCGGAACCACCCAAGGAACCUGCCUUCGAUCCCAAGAGCGUGACCAUUGAAUUCACUGCUGACCAGAUUGAGGAAUUCAAGGAGGCCUUCAUGCUCUUCGACAGGACCCCGACUGGAGAGAUGAAGAUCACGUACAGCCAGUGCGGGGACGUCAUGCGAGCCCUCGGGCAGAACCCCACCAACGCGGAGGUCCUGAGGGUGCUGGGGAAACCAAAACCAGAAGAAAUGAACGUGAAGAUGCUGGACUUUGAGACUUUCCUCCCGAUGCUGCAGCACAUUGCGCGAGCCAAGGACCAGGGGACUUUCGAGGACUUUGUGGAAGGGCUGCGUGUCUUCGACAAGGAAGGGAACGGCACCGUCAUGGGGGCUGAACUGCGCCACGUGCUUGCUACUCUAGGGGAGAAGAUGACGGAAAGUGAAGUCGAACAGCUAAUGGCAGGGCAGGAAGAUGCCAAUGGCUGUAUCAACUAUGAAGCUUUUGUCAAGCACAUUAUGUCUGGUUAAAGCUGGAAUCCUCUACGUACUUGGGGGAGGGCAGAGGUUCCAUUCCGCCAGAAUUUCUUCUCCUCUCUCCCUUCUUCUGCCCUCGAAAUACACAGGAGAUGCGUCUGCCAAAGCAAUCUGUAUUACUACAUUGGAACAGCCUCUGUAUAUAAAAGAAUGUGCAGUCCUGCAUCAGUAUUAAAUCUUACUUUAUUAUUUUUUUUGUUUCCCUUUUUGCCUUCUGUAUCAAUUGAUCCACCCAAAUUAAAACACAUGCACAC